AUGGCAAAUGAAAUCAACACUCAUUUGACACAUGAUUUGUCGUCCCUAUCGUUGAACGCGUCGACGCCUAACACCACCGAUGAGUCCACGAAUGGACCCAAUAGUGAAGCCAACAGUCGCUCCAGAAGUGGACGUAAGAAGAAGAGCCAAACGAGUGAAACACCUAAUGGUUUUGCACACCAUUUGCCGUCGCCUUCAGUGAACGCGUCGACCCCUAAGACCGGCGACCACUUGAGGGCCGAACCCAACAGUGAGUCCAAGAGUCAGUCCAGAAGUCAACGUAAAAAGAAAGGGCAGACCAAUGGUGUUGUUGUGCGACAGAUCUCGUUGUCUUAUAUCAUGGGAUACGAGCCACAGAUGAAUGCGUUGAGAGAGUUGAUUGAAACCCCGCUCUCGAGGAGCUACCAAAUGAGACAAAUGAGUGCCGUUUUGCCCAAAAGUGUUCUCUUAUUUGGUCCGACGGGUUGUGGGAAGUCGUCGGCUGUUAAGGCGUUUUGCGCUCAUUUCAAUCAACAGAUGUUUUGCGUUCACAUAAAUUGUGCCACAAUUUUAGCUAAAAGUUUUGCCACAUCUGAGGAUAACUUGAGGACAAUCUUCACGAACGCCAUCGAAAUGAGUCCAAGUCUUGUCUGUUUAGAUAAUUUUGAAAUGAUUUCGUCGGCAAAGAAGUCGUCCGCAGAUCAGGAAAAGAGAUUGACUGCUAUAUUGUGUGCAAUUUUGGACGAUUUGCCGAUUGAUAAGCAUAUAGUGAUGGUUGCGGUCACUAAUAAACCCGAUUUAAUUGAUACCAGCCUUCGAAGGCCCGGACGUCUUGACCGGGAAAUUGAAUUCGCGGUUCCGCUGCCGAAGGAAAGGACAGCCAUUUUGAGGAAACAUUUAAGUGAAAUGAAUAGUGAUAUUAAUGACGAAGUGUUGUCUGGUUUGGCCCAAAGCGCCCACUCUUUCACUGGCGCUGAUUUGGCGCUCUCUUGUCGUGAAUCGGCUUUAAUUACUCUCAAAGACAAUCGACACGUAAUCAAUGAAAACGAUUUGAAGCAGGCGUUGAAGUCUAUCCGUCCGUCGGCUAUGAGAGAAAUCAGUUUAGAAGUUCCCAAUGUUUUCUGGACAGACAUCGGCGGUAUGCAUGGCGUCCGCAAUAAGUUGAUCCAAUCGGUGGUUUGGCCGCUCACUAAUCCCGAAGCGUUUACCAGAUUAGCCAUCAAUGCGCCAAAAGGUGUGCUUAUGUACGGACCGCCCGGUUGUUGCAAAACAAUGAUCGGUAAAGCGUUAGCCACAGAAAGUGGGCUUAAUUUUCUGGCCAUAAAGGGUCCCGAAUUGUUCAACAAAUGGGUCGGAGAGUCAGAGCGAGCCGUUCGUGAAGUGUUCCGCAAAGCGAGGGCCGCCUCGCCUUCCAUACUGUUCUUCGACGAAAUCGAUGCGUUGGCCGCCGAACGAGGUGUCAGUCAGUCCACUGUUGGCGACCGAGUAUUGGCUCAACUCUUGACCGAAAUCGAUGGCAUCGAACAACUGAAUGGAGUGGUGAUCGUCGCGGCCACCAAUCGGCCCGAUAUGAUAGAUAAGGCGCUGUUAAGACCCGGUCGUCUCGAUUCCAUACUUUACGUCCCGUUACCUGAUAUGGAGACCAGAUAUGAGAUCUUAAGGAUCAGAACCAGGAAAAUGCCCCUCAAUUUUGAACAACCAGUCGACGAGAUACUCAAACAAUUGGCGGUCAACACAGAAGGCUAUACCGGCGCUGAGAUAACGGGUGUUUGUCAAGAGGCGGGUCUAAUAGCCCUCGAGGGAGACAUAAACUGCCAAUUCGUUGAACUCAAACAUUUCGAGUCGGCGUUGGAAUCAAUUAAACCAAGAAUUUCUCGACAAAUGAUAGCAUUGCAUUAUUUGCCGACACAUUACUGGACAUCGAUUAUGACAUCACAAGUGGUGACCGCAGAUGUGGUCAUACAAGAAGACAAACCCGUGGACAGAGAGAAGAAGUGUCCUCUACUUCUUCGUGUGUUUCUCUCACUGACGGGUCGGCACAACAAUUGCAACGAUUACUCGCGAAACGAUUGUCCGCCGAAUGAGCUGCAGGUCUACACGUGGACUGACGCCACUCUCAAAGAGAUCACAGGACUGGUGAAAGAGGUGAACCCGGAGUCGCGCCGAAAGGGCACGUUCUUUGACUUCGCACUCGUCUAUCCGGACCCCCGGACUCCCGCCUAUAGGAUGCGUGACAUCGGGUCGACUUGCAGUGGAAGCAAAGGCCCGGACGACGCCAAAAGUCUGGCCGAAGCGCGCUUCCAAAUCGGCGACUAUUUGGAUAUCGCUAUUCAGACGCCCAACGAUCGCAUGGGUGACCGCCGGCCGCCGCCCAACCGCAGGAAUGAGGGCUUCGCCGGCAGACGCGACGAUGGCUUUGCCGGCAGACGUGAUGACGGAUUCGCCGGUCGAAGAGAUGAUGGCUUUAAUAUGAGACGCGACGACGGUUUCAAUCCACGACGUGAUGACGGGUUUAACCCUCGAAGAGAUGAUGGGUUUAAUCCGAGACGCGAUGACGGAUACGGCGCCCGUCGGGACGAUAGGCGCGACCGACCCUAUUAGCGAUGGACAGACAGACAUUUCAUCAGUCAUUAU